AUGCGCAACAGCGAAUCAUUGCCGUCGGUGUUGUGCGCACGAGCACGGCACGGCCUGGCCAACAGGAGGAGCAACGACGACACGGACGAGGUUGACGAUGGAUGCAAAGCGGUGAUGAUGGGGAUGUUUUUUUUUCUGGGGCAUCGCUGGGGCGGCGUCGCAGAUGCGCGCCACUUGCUCUUUCCCAUUCUAUCUGCGUAUAGACGUGGAGAGGAAGGAGCGCACGAGGCGACGGAGGGCAAGAGGCCAGCGCUGGAGCCAAUGGCCGGGGCGGCUUGCCAAGGCCCAUUACCUGAUGGCGCUGUGCCUUAG